GUGCUGGGUUCGCUUCAGAUGUUGGGAUGGGUUCAGGUGCUGCGAUAGUUUCUGAUACUGGUAAUGGUACAGGUGUUGGAAUGAGUCCAGGUGCUGCGAUAGUUUCUGGUACUGGUACUGGUAAUGGUACAGGUGCUGGGAUCACUUCAGGUAUUGGGAUGGGUCAAGGUGCUGCGAUAGAUUGUGGUACUGGUAAUGGUACAGGUGGUGGGAUUGCUUCAGGUGUUUGGAUGAGUCGAGGUGCUGCGAUAGUUUCUGGUACUGGUACAGGUGCUGGGAUCGCUUCAGGUGUUGGGAUGGGUCCAGGUGCUGGGAUGGCUUCUGGUGUUGGGAUGGAUCCUGGUGCUGCGAUAGUUUCUGGUACUGGUACUGGUAAUGGUACAGGUGCUGUGAUAGUUUCCGGUACUGGUACUGGUACAGGUGUUGGGAUGGGUCCAGGUGCUGGGAUCGCUUCAGGUGUUGAGAUGGAUCCUGGUGCUGCGAUAGUUUCUGGUACUGGUACAGGUGCUGGUAUCGCUUCAGGUGUUGGAAUGGGUCCGGGUGCUGCGAUAGUUUCUGGUACUGGUAAUGGUACUGGUGCUGGGAUCGCUUCAGGUGUUGGGAUGUGUCCAAGUGCUGCGAUGUGUCCAGGUGCCGUGAUGGGUCCAGGUGCUGAGAUCGGUCCAG